UACGCAAGGGAAAUAGUCGAAAGAUGGGGAACCAGCGUGCCCGCAGCCGCGGUCUCCGCCAUGGGACCAGGAACAUGUUCAGCCGUCCCUUCCGCAAGAAGGGUACGCUGAACUCGACGACGCACCUCCGCAUCUUCAAGGUCGGUCAAUACGUCGACAUCAAGGUGAACCCGGCGCAGCAGAAGGGUAUGCCGUACCUGGCGUACCAGGGCCGCACUGGCAUCGUGUGGAACGUCACCCCUCGUGCCGUUGGUGUGGAGCUUAACAAGCAGAUCGGUGGGCGGGUCGCUAGGAAGCGCAUCCACGUGCGCGUCGAGCACGUCGUGCACUCCAGGUGCCGCGAGGAGUUCCUCGAGCGUCGCGCGGCGAACGACGCGGCGCACGCGGCGGCGCACGCGAAGGGCGAGAAGGCCCCCGAGACGAAGCGCACCAUCCCGGGCCCGCGCGCGGGGUUCACCCUGGAGAACGUCAAGACGGAGAUCUUGACGCCCAUCCCGUACGACAUCGUGCGCGAGGGUAUCAAGUACUAAACGGCGAUGGAUCGAUGGAUGGAUCUUGGUUUAGCGCUUGCGUUGGGGUGUGGAACGUAGCUUUUUUACAUGAAGGGAGCGACGUUCGUUU